AGAUGGCGGCUGAUACAGCUGUGGUUGUUGGUUCGUAUUUAAACGACAAUAACAAGACAGAUAAGCACAUUUUUACACUCUURAAAUGCGUAAAAGAAAACCAGUGUCUUCUAGAAUACGAGUGUAGUAAGGAUUGGACUGCAAAAGCAAACAGCUUUUUAAAUUCAAAGACAGAAAGAUGGCUAGGUAUCAGCUUACUCGCAACCAUUAUACCACAGUGUGACACAGAGACUUUUACAAUUAACUGUAUAACAUGGAUAAAAGCUAUAGUGCAGGUUAUCCAGUCUUCUUCAGCUUCAUCAAGUUUGAUUCAAUGUUCUGUGAGGGUUAUGGAUGAUUUGAUGAAAUAUGCUAUACAGUUUCCAGAUAUAUCAAGAACGAUUGCAAAUUCUGUCAUGCCAUCAUUGAUCUCAGCACUUUUAUCUCGAAAAGACAAGGAUGUUGAUAGUAUAUUAUCUGGUAUUUGUACAUGUGUAAGGUAUAUGCCAGGACCUGUAGCACCAUUCAAGGUUCAAAUAGAGAGCUACAUUAUUCCUUGUCUGGAUUCCUGGAACACAAAAAUUAGAAAGAAUACUUGCCAGUGUUUUGCUCUUCUUGCUGGCUGCAGCAGCAAUACAACAUCAACUGACAAAUACAAAACCAACUGGGAGUGCCAGUGGAAUAGAGUUUUAGCCACAAUAAACCAUGCUUUGAAUAAUCUGUAUGCGAAUGUUGAAAUGUCAAACAACCCACUAAAUGAUACCUUGCUUGGAAAGACAGAGACAUUGGCAGUGAGUGAUAUAACUGAUGCAGAACCUGAGAGAACCAACGUAUUGACUGCCAGACUGAUCUCACUGUUGGAUUGUCUCAACAUCAUGACAAGAGAGGGAACUCAUAGAAUUUCCAUGAUACCAAUAGAAGAUACUCUUCUACUAGUUGAACGAAUUGUUGCAGUUAAUGGCAAUAUGCUUAAAAGUGUGUCAGUUGAUGUAGUUCUUUUAAAGACCUGCUUAUCUGUCAUACAUGAGAGUGCUAUAAGACUGCUUAACUCCUUAUUACAAAGAUGCAGAAGUCUUCUCUUGCCAAACAACCACCAGAUAUCGAAUGUGCUGAUAAGAGAACUGUCCUGGACAUUAAAUGACAAGUCUCAAGAUAAAAGACAUGAUGGACACAAACCUUACAGUAAUCUUCGAUGCAUUUUGUUCAAGUGUUUCAUCAACUGGUGCCAUCUGAAGGCCAGCAUCAGUACAGAUAUUAUAAAGAAGGUUAUUCUUAAUAUCUUGACUGACAUCAGACCACAGACCAAACAAACUAAGCUUAUGAAUCCAGAUGACCAUAAACAGCCAAAAUCUUCCAAUAAGGCAAAAAAACGAAAGCUUCAAGAAAUGGAACAGCUAAGCACAAGUCAAAAGAAAGAGAACCCUAUCCACAAUCUGUGUGUCUGUCAUGCUGCACUAUCUGCUCUAUAUGCAAUUUUAAUGAAUGGUGUGGCCAACCUCACCAAAGACUUAUAUCAGGAGAUACAAGGGGUGUUGCUAAACCUUAUUCUGCAAUGUCAAGUAUCUGUACCUGGAAGAAUGCCAUCACCUUAUUCCGAUGCAGACUGUCGUAAAUCUCUUUAUCAGUGUCUGCUGGCAUGCGUCGUAGCUUGUCCACCACAAGCACCUUCUUCCAUUCAGUGUGCCAUAAGAUGCUGUACAAGGGGCUUACAAGAUAUGCACCCCAAGGUGUCAAGCUACUGCCGAGAAGCAUUAACUAUAUUGACUGCCAUUAUACACCCUUUAGUACCUUCUCUUGAGAGUGCAACACAGUUUGUUAUGCUUCCAACAAACAGCAAAACAUGUGUAGUCCAAGAUAACGAUAAACACCAAGAAACUAAUGCCCUAUCUGCUGAAACAUCUGUGGUUAACCAGAAUGGCUCAGAAGUACCAGCUCAUGAUGGCAGUAGGUUGUUAGAGGGCACAGUUUUGGACGUGCCAGUAGGUGUAUGUGAAAGUAUGCAGGCAUCAUCCAAUACCUACACAAAAACCCAACCUAGAGAGAAUGAAGAAUUGCAGAUCAACACUGAUUUUAAUACAGAUAUUCAACAAAUUAAUAUAUUUAGAAGCACUCUUUCAAACCAAGAUCCAAUGGACACAAGAGAAUCGAUAAACACACAAGCCAUUGAAUGCACAAAACACUCAGAUCUUUAUUCCUCUUCAAAACAUCAGUCAAAAUCUGAUGUAUUAACCAAAGACAAUGUGGAUAUUGCUGCUUCUGGGGCAUCAAAAAGUGAUGUUUUUGAGUCAGAUUUGCAAGAAGACACCAACAUCAGCCUACCAUUGACAGAUACUUUAGAUGCUGAAAGCAUUGAGAUGAGUCCGGCUAAAAUGCAGAAGCUUGGUGCAGGGAAACAUAUUGUCGUGCGAAAAGAUGAAGAGAGACAUGAGGGAAAGACUAGUAUUGGGAAUGCUAAGACAGAUGAGGAUAUGGGUGAUGUAGAUGAAAUGCUUGCCACAUUUGUGAAUACUUCUCCUGAUUCAGACAGUGACUAAUAUGACCAUUCCAUAAACCUUAGAUUUUAUUUUUAUUUGCCAAACAAUCAGUGCUAGAUUUCAGUUUAAAAAAAGAUCCAUUUGGAACAAGACUUUGAGAUUAAAGGCCCUGUUACACAGUCAAAA